UUGUGGUGUGUUUUUGUCGGUCGGCUGUGUAGCGACCUCUGCUAACUACAACAACUUAUGUGGAGCUAAAGUCACAUCACACUGUCGAGAUGGGCUCAUCGACUACUUGACUCUUCAGAAAUGUUUGCUGAAAAAUUUCUAAUGAUUGGGUGUAUAGUGAAUAGAAAACGGCAUCGCGGAUGAACACUAGCUAGAACAACAGCAAGCUGAGUAGUAUGCUGGACGUGGGGAAGUGGCCAGUGUUUGCCCUCCUUCCUCCCGAGGAGCUACGGCUUAUCCGGCAGGCUUGUGUCUUUGGCAGCGCUGCAAACGAAGCCCUUUAUGUCACGGUUAAUGAUGAGGUGUUUGCCCUGGGCACCAACUGCAGUGGCUGUCUAGGGCUUGGAGACCUUCAAAGCACUAUUGAGCCGCGUAGGAUUGAUGUCUUGUGUGGAAAGAAGAUUGUAUCCCUGAGCUAUGGAACAGGACCGCAUGUGGUUAUCGCUACUUCAGAUGGGGAGGUGUUUGCUUGGGGACAUAAUGGCUACAGCCAGCUGGGUAACGGGACCACCAAUCAUGGACUGACCCCUGCACUUGUGUCCACCAACCUCCUAAGCAAGAGAGUGACAGAAGUGGCCUGUGGCUCCCAUCAUACAAUAGCCCUUACAACUGAUGGAGAGGUUUAUGCAUGGGGUUACAACAACUCGGGCCAAGUAGGUUCAGGCUCGACUGCCAACCAGCCAACGCCACGCCGGGUCAGCAGCUGCCUGCAGAACAAAGUAGUGGUCAACAUAGCCUGCGGCCAGCUCUGCUCUAUGGCUGUACUGGACAAUGGAGAGAUCUAUGGUUGGGGCUACAAUUGCAAUGGACAACUAGGUUUGGGCAACAAUGGAAACCAGCAGACCCCAUGUAGGAUCGCUGCUCUUCAAGGUGUCAACAUCGUCCAGGUUUCCUGUGGAUAUGCUCAUACAUUGGCACUUACAGAUGAGGGGUUUGUUUACGCCUGGGGAGCCAACUCGUACGGGCAGCUGGGGACAGGAAAUAAGAGUAACCAAGCUCUCCCGACUCUGAUAAACACAGACAAGGAGAGGAUGGUGGAGGUGGCUGCGUGUCACACUAGCCACACGUCAGCUGCCAAGACCCAGAGUGGGCAGGUUCUGAUGUGGGGUCAGUGUCGGGGUCAGGCUGUUGCCAGCCCCCACCUUACCCAUUUCAGCAGCACUGACGAUGUGUUUGCAUGCUUCGCUACACCGGCUGUCACGUGGCACCUCCUCUCAGUGGAUGGUGAUGACUACCUGACCGUGGCCCAGUCGUUGAAGAAAGAGUUUGACAGCCCGGAGAUUUCAGACCUGAAGUUCCUGGUUGAUGGGAAGUGUAUCCAUGUUCACAAAGCCCUUCUGAAAAUCAGGUGUGAACAUUUCCGAGCGCUGCUGAAUGAAACAGACGAAGACACCAUAGAGAUCCACCAGUUCUCAUACUUGGUGUACCGGGCCUUUCUGGAGUAUCUCUACACAGACACUAUCAACCUGCCACCAGAGGAUGCUAUUGGGCUGCUAGACUUGGCCACGUUCUACCGAGAGACACGGCUGAAGAGGCUGUGCCAGGAAACCAUCAAGAGGGGCAUUUCUGAGGAGAACGCCAUCACUCUGCUCUCUGCUGCUGUCAAGUAUGAGGCGCGGGAUCUGGAGGAGUUCUGCUUCAAGUUUUGUGUCAACCACCUCACAGCUGUCACACAGACCCAGGCCUUUGCAGACAUGGACCACGAUCUGCUCAAGAACUUCAUUAGCAAAGCCAGCCGCUACGGGGCCUUCAAAAACUGACUAGAACGCCCCUGUGGGGAUGGAUGCAACACAGUAAGGGUUAAACUCACUGAGGUCCUGAGAGAUGACCCUAGACCAAAGUAAACACCAGGCUGUUCAGCUCUUCAAAGGCUUUUCGCUGCGGAUGUUAGCACUGGAGAGGCAAAUGGUUUCAGGUUACGCCCUCUAACUGAUGCUUCUGUGUUACUGGCCAAACACACAGUCUAUGUUGGUGGUUAUUGGGUUACAUCACUCUGUCAGUCACUAGCAGACGCACAGAAGUUGAACAGAAAGAUGUGCCACAGUCACUCUGUUUCUGUCAACUUUGUUACUCACAAACCACUCUCUCACUGAUUUGUUUGUUUGUGCAAAUGUACCAAACAGAUGGAGGAUAGCAGCUACUGUUACAAUAACAACCAGCUCAGACAGAAUGCCACAAAACGCAGAACACUUUUGAUUUUAUUGCAAUAGAUGCAGUUGGCAUCAGGGGGAACUAGAAAUGUCCCCAUCUGCUUUGAGCUGAGAUGCAGUAACGACCCAACAUAGAACAUUACAGCUUGUUAACAUCAGCACUGGAGUGUAAAAUCUGCGUAAUUGCAGCGAUGCAAGCUGGGGCAAAUGAUUCCUUACCCCCAUGGGAUGCCAACGAUGCUGACUGUAUCUGUUUAAGGCUCAUUUCAUGAAGGCAUUAUUAAUUUUAACACAUUGCCUGUUAGUGAAACAAUUCAUCAAUGCCUGCAUUAACCUGGAGUUCGCUGCAUCUGUGAAGUCAUAGGGCUGCUAUGGUUUGACUUACUUUUGCAAAAAAACAACCCAGUUUUUUAAGUAGUGAAUUAUUUUUUUACUGUUAUUGUCUUCUGUUACAAUGACCAUUAAGUAACGAAAAUAGAAGUUUAUUUCCUUUCUGUUUAGCUCAAACACACACUUAGGUAUAAUUUCACAAAACUACAGUAUCAUAAUAUGGUAGAAUUAGAUACCAAAGAUAUGAAAAUGUAAUAAAAUUAUAAACACAGUCACAAUAAAGCUAAAGAAAGAGAUCAGCCCGAAACAAGUCAGCAAUGCAUCCCUAAAGAUUGUAUUUUUUACUGUGACGCCUUCAAUCUUUCUGCAUUGAGAAGUAUAUUUUAAGGAAAUAGAGAGCUGCAGAGAUGACAUAUUUCUGUAGGCCCAGGAGUUAGCACUGCAAAGGUUCCAUUAACAAAAAGCUUGUUGUUAUUAUCAAUGAGUUUCUGCAUUAUUGAUGACACUAAGCUCUGUGGUGAAAAACAUCAUGGCACUUAUGGCCGUUUCAGACUGGUAGCAUGGCAGUUGUGUGAUACCUGUGUCAUGGCUUGAUUGUCUUUUCAGAGUGCAUGCUAUCAUUUCAGGGCUUUCAGACUGCCUGCUUGACUGCCACAUCUCACGUCGAGAAUCUAGAGAAAAGGAAGCUUGUCUCUUUAGUCUCUUGGCUGAAAUAGACAGGGACAUGAUAGUAUAUAGCAUAUUUAUCUUGUUUUAGCAUGACCAAAUCAGAACAAUAUAUUUGCAAUUAGGGAUACAUGAUAUUAUAAGCAUGAAAUCAUUAUUGACAGAUAUCAGCUUAAAACAUGGCAGAUAUGAAAAUUUUUACAAUUUGACUGUGGUUAGCUUUGCUCUCAGUGUGCAGGAAUUAAACACUAAACAUGAAAAAAAAAGACGAAAAAUAGAAGAUUAGAAUAUGUGCACGCUCUUGUAGGGUAUUUUAACCAGUAUAUACAAGCCUGUGUGCAAUAAUGGAUGUAGCUGCGAGGUGUGCACAGGUUGCAAGAAUAACAUGAAUUGUAUAGAUUCUAUUAAAAUGAUAAAAAAAUAUGCAAUAAUAUGGCAGUUAUAUGAGGUACAUAAAUACAUUUAACAUAACUGACAAUAAUUCGUGCAAAUGUGCAUGUGUUUCCACAUCAGUAGAAUAUGUCACAGAAAGGAUAAACGCAUAAUUUUUACAUGUGGUUUGUGCUUUUCAAAGUAAAAGCCUGCUUUGGCAUGCACGGGGAGAAACCGAACUCACCUUGUUUGCGAAUAAUUUCUUCAUUCAGAUUUUUAUCUGGCUCAGUUAUACAGUGAAUCAUUGAUUCUGGAGGGAGAGAGAUGUAUUGAGGUAAAACUUGUGCAGACAGAGCAGUGAUUGCAUGAAAAUGCAGCCGAAGUAACACUUAAUGUAUGUGCCUGCUAUGAAAGCUGUGAUGGCACAAGCUAAAGCUUGCACGUGCUGCAGCCGUCAUGCAGCACCCAGUCUGAAACAGGUCUUCAUCUUCAUAAAUGAACACUAUUUUCAAAUUCUUAGGCAGGGAUGCUAUUGGCAAAAGUAAAGAGCUGAUGUUAGGCUAUACAGAAACGACACCAUCAUCAACUGACUUCAUGUCACCACCACAAAGCUUCUAACUUUAAUGUUGCACUCAUACCUCUUCUAUAAAAAGCUUCAUUCUCAGAGUCACAAAUUUGAACAUCUGAGUCAGAGUAGUUUAGGCUCAAAAUACACCCUGAGUAAUGGGUGGACUAGCUGAGUUGACAUGUUUGGCAUCAUGACAGAACCCAGACAAACUUUGUAGUCCAAGUUAGCCGCUUAAUAGCAGUAAAUAAGACUGGAAAAGCUUCAAAAUCUACAAUUAGACACUUCCAGAUGUAUUUUAUGUUGUAGAAAAGAAAAAAAAUCUCUGUGUUUGUGUUUACCACAGGCCUUAUUUUGAUUAUCUCACUGAAAACCCAUUAAAAACCCCAUAAAGUGUGCUAGUUUAGCUCAGUUGGUAGAGCAGAUACCCAUAUACAGAGGCUGGAGUCCUGAACUCACUGGUUGUGGGAUUGAUUGUCAGUCAAAGCGCUGUUAAGUGCAUUUCUUUCCUCACUCUCUCUCCCUGUAUUUCCUGUUUUCCUAUCUAAAUAAAGGCAAACAAUCCCAGUAGAUCAUCUAAAAAAACUCAUAAGACACAAGACAAUGGAACCAGAAGUGCUAACAUGCUAAUUCAUUCCUGGGUUUAAGGACUAAUCACUCACUGCAGUACUCUACAUGUAAGCUGUCCUUUAGUUUUAGAAAACAGCACCUUGACACCUUUUUUUAACCAACAAUUCUGUUUUAUCUGAGCAGUGAUGAUAUUUGUACUUUUUCAUAACCUAAUGUUUUAUUUUUAGUUCUUCACAUUUGCCAUCCAGACAUGUCACUGUUUAAUGUUGGUGUUCACUAACAUUUGCACUGUUUUAAUGUAGGCAGUCCCUGCUGCCACCAUCAGCUGAGUGAUAGAAAAUGAUGGAGUUUGUUACUCUUAAUGAGACGUUGGGACAUCCUUUUGCGUGUUUACUUGACAGAUUAACCCCGUCUGAGCAGCUGGUGUCUACUAACACAAGUGUUACAUUGAUUCCUGUGUAGCCUGUUGAUGUUAAACUGUAAGUGCAGCUGAUUAUACAGUUGUGUCAUUGCAGUUUGGAAUGUUUACAAAUGUUUGUUUGUUGUUUUUUUUU